AUGGAUAUUCAGUCAAACUGGAAACUCGGACGUGCAGCCCAAUUAUCUUUUCCAGCCACUGGCACAGGAUUAAUUACCUGUCUAACCAUUCACGAUGACACCAUCAUCUCUGCAUCCGACGAUUCAAGCAUCACAAUCACCGACAUCAACACCGGCAAAUUUAUAAAAUCUCUCCAAGGACACAAGGGAGGAGUCUGGUCUAUGGAGGUUUUUGGCAAUAGUCUAGUCACAGGCUCUACAGACCGGACUGUUCGCAUCUGGGAUAUCCAGGCCGGGUUGUGUACUCAUAUAUUCACCGGAUUUACCUCUUCAGUCCGAUCAUUAGCCCUGGUAAUACCAGCAUUACUAAAAGGUGACAAACCCGAGCCUUUGGCCCCUUUGAUAGUAGCAGGAUCACGCGAUGCUUCAAUCCGUGUCUGGUGCUUGCCAGAUCCUGCCGAUCCAGAAUACAAUGAUCCCGAGCCUGACGUCUGGCUUCUCCACACCUUGCAAGGGCAUGAAAAGACUGUCCGGGCCAUCGAUGCGAUUGGAAAUGUGCUGGUCGCAGGCAGUUACGACAAUGCAGUCAGUGUCUGGGAUCUCGAGACUGGCCAGUUGGCUCAUCGCAUGGAAGGCCACGAGAAUCAAGUCACUUGCAUUGCCUUGCAUUCGGCGUCUAAUAGGUGCUUUAGUGGUUCGCUGGACAAUACCAUUCGUGUCUGGGACACCGUUACUGGCGAAUGCAUUAAAGUGCUCAAGAAACACUACGAUAAUGUCCACAGCCUGACCCUCACUACAGACUACCUCGUGUCUGCUUCUGCGGAUGGAAAUGUGCGUAUUUGGUCAUUGGAUAGUCUGGAAUGCGAACAGAUCAUCAUCUGCUAUCCCUUAGGUGCAAAACAUCUGUUUGCAGACGACAACAUGCUCUUGACAGGUUCGAUUCAGGGUGUUCAGAUGUGGAAUAUCAAGACCGGCAGACUCGUGAAAGAUUUAAUUACGGAUAUCGACUGUGUUCAACACAUGGUUGUCGAUGAACGCAGAUGUGUUACGGUUACAUGCACUAAUGAUAUCAUUGGAUUCCGUGUUUUGGACUUUGGUGCUGAGCCAAAAGAGGUUGAAUUGGAGGACAAUACGGAUGAAGCGGUUGAAUUUACAGAUAUAGUAGAAGAUUCAAAAAGCUCAAAGGAAACUAAAGAUACAGAAAAAGUACAAGUAGAAGAGCCAGCAGAAGAAGUAGAAGCAAGAGACGUAAAUGAUAUAAUCUAUCAAGAUGAAAACAAGCCAAACACAAUCAUUUUCAACCGAGAAGAAAUAGCUGUAUAGACAAUACACUCCCACACACACACACACACUCACACAUAUACACAUAUACACAUAUCCACUCACCUUACACCCACAUAUUAUUAUAUAUUUGCCUACACUGUAGGAAGUGGCAGAAUUUAUAACUCCGGCAUAGUUAUAUCAUAUACGGAUCAUAUAUAUUUCCUAUGAGUCUGGAGUUAUAGAUUCUGCCAAUAGCAUGUCAGCUUCUAGUAAAUUAAAAUCAUUUACAGUGAAUACUAUUUAUGGAAUUUC